CCAGUCUGGAUUGCGGCUGUGCGUAGGCUAGAUCUGGGACUAAACGCGCAAUUAGUGCUUUAAAAUUGUCAGUUUGGGAUGGCUAGAUUAAGCCUUGUCUGAAAAAGCAAACAGUCCGUGGGCCCUGGUUUCCGAGUUUGACCUUCGGAGUCAUGGUCCAGGUUGGCUCAGGCUCUGGGUGUUUGAUGACCAUUCUCCGCAGUUCUUGUCGUUGUUGCUCGUUGUUGAAGGAUGUAUCUUCUUUAUCUUCUGCUCCAGAGUUAAUUCUUCGUUAUCAGCUCGUCAGUAGUGCAGCAGUGGGCCCCUAGUGAUGAAUAUGGUAUUUGCGUGAUGGAGUAGUUUGGGCAAUGAUGCGCGUGUAGUUCGUUCAUUCAACCAUCCGAGUGCAACAUUACAUGUGCAUUUGUGGUUUCAAACGUGGGGAUGACUCGAUGCAAAAUUUCAGAGGAAGGUGUUGAGGAUGGGUGGUUGAGUGCGUGCUAGUCGGUGAGGCGCGUGUUUUGGAGAGAUGGUAGUGGCAGUGAGACGGAUAGGGGGAGGGCUAGUUACUUGCUCUCAUCGCAGUUGGUUGCUUGAUCGGACAUAACAUGGGCUUAGCUGAGAGAGCGAGUUUGUCAUCUCUGUGUGUGUGUUCUGAGCAGUUUUGACUCAAUCUACGUAUAUCUUUGAUCGAUCAAGAGUUGACAUAGAUUGUCUAGGAACCCGUGGAUUGUGAUUGAGAUCUUCUUGAAUCAUUACUCCUCUGGAGGUUUGUGUAUAGUCUGUGAAGGGAGACUUAGGAAGGAUUUUGAUUUUGGAUAUGAACACAGGGCUUGUGCGUGGUCGGUUCUGUUGGCAGCCAACCGUAUAUUGUAGCUUCCAAUACGUAGCUUGGAAGGUUGUUACGUGAGACAACCCAACCGUUGCUGCUGUUGGCCAGCUGAGAAAUAUCACCAACGUGAUUUCGAGGUGGUGAAUAUCGAGACCAGUUGAGGAGGAUCAUUACUGCCCAGUACUGAUUUGUCAGUUGAAUUACCUCUCGUGUGUGCAUCAAUUGUUCAUUACACAAGACCCACUGCUAGAACCGUGACCUAGGCAGAGCUUGGAUUGGUCGAGCCUAUGGAAGAUUGCAAGACUCUUCGGUCAGCUGAAGGUGGUCGUAUACAAUCGUGGCUCAAGAAUUUCCGCGCUCGUAGAUCGUCGAAUUUGAUUAGACUCAAUUUGGGCGACGAUAGGUAUUUAAGUAGCACCGAUUUUCAGAUUUAACCCGUUCGCUUACACUUCGUUGGAGAUCAACGCAAGAUAAGAUGAUUAUGAGACUGGUCACCUUGAAGACAAUUUCUUUUCGUGGUGUUGCACUUCUACUCUUCAUCUUGAUUUUAUUUUACUCAGGUAUUCUCAUGUUUCUCCCUAUGAAGGAUUCGUAUUGGGAAAUUGAAAUUUACUCGGACCUUUCCCAGCUGGUGCUACGAUCGUAUCCUGAAUAUGCUAGUCUAUGAUACAUGUUUUCCCGUUGAUCAUUUCCAGAGCUUGUUGAGGAAUAAGGUGCCGGAAUUCGUUGUGCAAUGGAGUGUCAAUACUGAGUGUAUCGAAAAGGAAGCGCGUGUUGAAUAAUGAAUCGACGUUCUUUCGAGAAUAGUGACUUCAAAUGACGAACUUCUCAAAGAGCAGGUUGUUACAGCUACUGGCUGGUGUUUCUCUCUUGGCAUUGGUAUUGGGGCGGCCGUUACCAGGUGAGGAGACCAGAAGCUUGGCAGAUGCUCCAAUGGAUGGGGACGCAACGGAGUCGCAUUCGUCAGCCUUCAAUCGCGCGGGUGUCUACUUGUUGGGAUUUGGUUGUGCAGUGUUGCUGGCUCUGACGAUCUCGGUGCUGGCAGUCUUGCACUUACGCCACAAGAGGAGGAUGGCAACCGUGAGUCCGUGGAGGCAAGGCAUGAGUGGCAAGUUUCAGAAUGAGGCUGAAGUCGCGGCCUUGUUGCUAGAGAGGGAGGCAUUAGAGGUCGCGUGCGAGGGCUUCAGCAACAUUAUUGGUUCUUCUUCGGAGUGCGUCGUAUACAAAGGAACACUCUCUAACGGUACCGAGAUUUCCGCGACCAGUAUACAGACGGUGGCCACUAAUUGGAGCUCUCAGAACGAGAUGUCCUUUCGAUACAAAGUGAAGGCCUUAGCGAGAAUGAAGCACCCUCACCUUGUCAACCUAACCGGUUACUGCACACAUGAGGACCCCUGGACGCGGAUUUUCGUUUUCGAGUACGCCAGCAAUGGAAUUCUUUACGACCACCUACACAACAAGGACAACGAACAUUUGAACUGGGCCGCGCGGAUGCGUAUCGUGCUUGGCGCUGCGUAUGGACUCAAAUACAUGCACCAUGAGCUUGUGCCGCCUGCGACUCACUUGAAUUUUGGUGCGGACUCCGUGUUUUUGACCGACGAUCAUGCAGCGAAGCUUUCGAAUUUCGGGCUGAUGAGUGUGCCGAUAAGCAGCAACAGUUCACAGAAAACCAGUUCGUUUACACUUAAGUCAAUUAAGCAUGUGAACGCAGAAAGCCCCGACUUACAGAGUCCUGGCUUCGACUUCGACAUCCACAGCUUCGGCGUAUUCUUGCUUGAGGUUAUCACGGGCCGGGCACCUCAGAGAGAGGGCGCUGCUUCUCUUGUCGAGUGGGCAGGCGAGUAUCUAAGCGACCCCGAGAUGAUGUGGUACAUGGUCGACCCGACACUGAAAUACUACAACCACGACGAGCUAGUUGGGCUUUGCAAGAUUGUCGCACAGUGUCUAUCCACCGAGACGCAACGUCCAUCCAUGCUGCAAAUCUGUGACAAGCUCGGUGAACUCCUCAGGCUCACCCCAGCGCUUGUGGCGGCGAAGUCAACCGCUGCUUUGUGGGCUCAGCUUGAGCUUCAAGAUACCGUCUCCUCAGAGAUGUAGUACUCACGAUGAUCUUUAGCAUUGUCGUUUCUAUUCCCAUGUAGAUUGGGACAUUCUUUGGCAGAUCAGAAUGCACAGAGUCUGCUCAUUGUUACCGACGUGUCGAAUUAUUUUAAACGAAAAACCAGUUCCGGAGUGAAUAGGAAAACAGUAAAAAGGAGAUGAUUUCAGAGCACUGAAUCCAGUUCCUCAUCUUGUGUGCUACCUUUGUCGGUCCCUCGAUGGAGUUGUAUUAUAUUGCAUGGGUCACACAGCAGACUUGCAGCAGCUUCUACGACCAGUCUGAGCAUCUGAUUUAUGGGUCAUCAGCGGUCCACGACACUGCAGCCAUUUGUCGGCCGACGGGUCGAAGUUUUCUUGAGUUCGAGGAUGUAGUUGAUUCAGACUUUGAAUUGUAGUUGACCAGUCUGUCGGUGAACCUUGAUUUAAAUUCUUUGAUUUGAUUUUCCAGAUCGUUUCUGUUUGUAAUUAACGAGCUUUGUCGAUAAGUUUCAGUUUAUAGGUUCUA